AAAGAGAAGUUGUUAGUUUCUUUUAAAUAUGUAUCACAAGGACUGUAUGAAUGAGAAGAACGUCAGCAUAAUUAGCCUUUAACCAACGGCUGUUUCACUGAAAUUUAAUGAUGUUUGCUUAAAAUGUUAAAGAAAACAAUUGAACAUUGUAAACGGAAAUUACAGAUAUAGGCUAUUCCAGUAUAACUUGUGGACAAUACAUUGCAUACCUAUUGUAACAAGAUCCUGAGCAAUACCAAACAGAGAUUGGAGCUCUCAGCUGUUGAAAAUGAUUCAUUUGACACUGAUAUUAGCCGUCACAUUGACUUAUAGCUUCCCUGGAGUGUUUUGCCAGCAAACAAGAGUUUUAGAAAAGUACACAUCUCAUCCCUGUAUACGGCCAUGCCAGGUGAACCAGCCAAUGACGUGUUCAUACGACUUUCAGUUGGAGCUGUAUUUUACCCUCACCAAAGCGUGCUACGACUGUCCUUUCAACAGAACCGACUGCUUCCGACCUCACUGCAUCCCGGCUGAUGGUGUGUCACGUGGUUUAAACGUGAUCAAUAGAAUGCUUCCUGGACCAGGAAUACAUGUAUGCGAAGGCGACACUGUCAUUGUGAAUGUGAAAAACGACUUAACUGGGGGUGAGGGAACCAGCAUUCACUGGCAUGGUAUUUUGCAGCAUGGUUCCCAGCAUAUGGAUGGUGUUGGCAUGGUAACACAAUGCCCAAUACCACAGAGAACCUCGUUUCAAUACAGAUUUAAAGCCGAGAAUCCCGGAACACAUUAUUGGCAUGCCCAUUCCGGACUCCAAAGAUCAGAUGGUGCUUAUGGCGCUAUUGUUGUUCGGCAAGCGCCCGAGUUCGAGUCUCACCUUGGUCUGUACGACGAGGACCUACCAGAACAUACCAUGCUCGUUAAUGACUGGCUGGUGGAAAUGAGUGUUAACAGGUUCGCCCAUCACCACCAAGCAGGAGGAGACAACAAACCAAGAUCAAUGCUUAUAAAUGGUAAAGGGGUGUUACAAGAGUUUUUCGAUAAUUCGGGUAAUACCAGUUCCUACACACCCGUGGAAAUAUUUCACGUGACCAGAGGCAAACGGUACAGAUUUCGAACAAUCAGUAACGGAAUCUUGAACUGCCCGACACAAAUUUCCAUUGACGGUCACACCCUGACUAUGAUGGCAUCCGAUGGUAACCCGUUUGAUAAAAUCGAGGUAGAUUCCUUCAACAUUUUCCCCGGAGAGCGGUUUGACUUUAUGCUUAAUGCUUCUCAACCUGUAGGAAACUACUGGGUUAGGGCAAGGGGACUUGCUGAUUGUGGUGUCAAGCAAGCAAAACAGGUGGCUAUUCUACGAUAUGAAGGUGCCUCGGAGGAGGACCCUGUAGGAAAUACCACAUGGGAGGAUGCAGACAGAAUGGGAAAAAAACUUAAUCCGUGGAACAAGAAAGGUGAUGAAAACAACAUACAAGUGAGCGAUCUUAAGUCACGUUUGGAUGGAAAAGCUGCUCUAAAAGUAACUCCAGACAAGAAAUUUUAUCUUGCGAUGGACUUCAACAAAAUUGACAAUUACCAUUUUCACGAUGUGUCAUUUUACCCCAUCUCCGCUGUGGAAAGACCUCAACACCUCUACAUGCCACAGAUGAACCACGUGACAUUGAGACUGCCCUCAUCACCACCCCUGUCACAGCAUUCCGAUCUGGAUGAGGGCGAGUUCUGCAACCAUAUGACAACAGGAUCAAAGAAUUGCACGGAAGAGUUCUGCGAGUGUGUUUACCGGCUUCAUGUGCAAUUAAAUGACACGGUUGAGAUAAUUGUCAUUGAUGAGGGUGUCACAUUUAAUGCGAAUCAUCCUGUCCAUCUCCAUGGAUACAAAUUUUACGUCGUUGGUAUGGACCGGCUCGGAGAAUCUACAUCUUUAGAAGAAGUGAAACGACUUGACGUGCAAGGGAGGCUGCCACGAAAUCUUGUUGAUCCCGUUGCCAAGGAUACAGUUACUGUCCCUGAUGGUGGAUACUCCAUUUUACGAUUUCAUGCUGAUAACCCAGGAUUCUGGUUCUUCCACUGUCAUAUAGAAUUCCAUGCAAACAUAGGAAUGGGUUUACUCGUGCAAGUUGGAAAUGAAAGUGAUAUGCCAAAAGUUCCCAAAAACUUUCCAAAAUGCGGUAACUGGCAAUUCACUGGAUACGACGAACCGGAAGAAGACAAACAGUGCGUUAGCGGAGCAACCAGUAUUUGGUCGGUGAUGACAGUUUCUCUUACAGUGAUAACUGGCGGUAUAGCCAUGGGUUUGCAGCAAUACUAUAUAUGAAGCUUCUUUAGGAUAAUGGGCAAGUAAUGGUACUCGGUAAUUUCCGUUCUAUUUCGUAUUCUCCGUAUGUGAUUCCGGCAUUCUCCGGUUGCUAUGGAAAGUAUUGCUCGUAUGAGCUAAAUUUACAACCGAUGAAUGUCGAAAUAGCAGACGAGAAUACGCAAUCACACGGAAAGUGUCGAUUGUCGUUACAGGUCCUCCACUUUAAUGACCUGUCUGCAGAUUUUUGUAUCUAUAUUCUUCAAGACAUUGUCUUUAUUAUAUAAAAACAUCUCAACUGCAACGAAUACAUAUUAUAUAGAUAACAUAUGAAAAUAGUUAGUACCAUUUUAUAUUAACAAUUUGGUUUUCUCUUCUGUUUACAUCGCAGGCAGUGGAACUAAAGAUACAAAUUUGAAGAAAUUUUACAUGUAAUGCGCAUCAAGGUACUGCAUCAAUGUACAAAGUUUAAAACGGUCUGAAAAGAUAAAGUAUUAUUUUCUAAGAAAGAGUUAUUUCACUCUCAGAGAUGUCGGUCACAAAGAAAUUGUUUAGAACGAGUGGUUUUAGAUAACGGAAAAUAACACAAAAAUCGUCCUGAAACCCGUGACACUUUGCUCACAAAUCCGUUACCAAUGCCUGUCCUAAACCAUUUCGUCGUGUGACCAAUAUCCCCAAGCGUAUAGGCCUAUUGAGCCGAAAAGAAUGGCCCUGGGUUAAAUAUUUGGGAAAAAUGGAGACAACAGUGAAACUGUAUUGUAAGGUUAUGUGACUAGGUACCUAUAAUAUCGCUUUUUACCUAUAGGAUUGAAAAAGGCAUGCAUAAUUACUACUGUGGUCAGUAAUGUGAAAAGAAAAAUAUAUAAAGAUCAGAUUAAGAAAUACUCUGGUGAAAGUGUGACAUUAUUUGUUGGGAACACGAACAGAGGUUUUUUUCUUAAAAAGUAAAAACCCACAGAAUUUCACAUGAUAAAAAAUGUUGACAAAGCUAUUGCUGGAAAGCAAACAAUCUCUGCUACCUUAAUAUAUGCAACAAAAUAUGGGAAAAUAUCUAGAAGUGUACGAAAAUCAACGAAAAAUAUUUCAGGACUGUCAAAUGCAGGACUCAAUAUAGCAGGUAACAUAUAUUGCCUUAUCAAUGCAUUAAUAUAACGUGGACAAGAUUAGGAUUUACAAACGGUGUUCUCACAACAGAGUAUCUCGAAAACAUACAAUUUCCUUUGUGUAGGUAUAGGGUAAAUCUCUAUACAUUGGUUUUAAGUUAUUUAACACUGCAUGCUUUUAAAAUCCAAUUGCGGUGGUUGGACCAGCCAACACACAGUGAUUAAAUAGGAUUAUUUAGACUGUAAAUAUAUAUAAACUUAUACAGGGAUCAGCUUUAUAUAUCUGUAAUAUUUAGUUACAUCUGCUUUGUACAUAUUUCUAUUACAAUUUCAUUUACAUUUCGUAAUCAGCAAAUGAACAAAUACAACUGCAUUUUAUAAUCAGGAAUUUCGCAGUUUUAAUUUUUUAUACAAAAACCUUGUUUAUAUAUUUGUUUUACGUUUUUUAUAUUUUAUAUUUAUGUCUUUAAUUGUCUUUGUGUUGCUUAUUUACAAUUAAUAUAUUUUAAGAUCACUCAUAUAUGUACAAAAAUGUAUUCGGACGUUCGUGGAAAUAAAGAAUUACGUUGAGUA